AUGGAUAGUCCACCUAAACUGACUGGUGAGACGCUGAUUGUCCAUCACAUUCCCCUGGUGCAUUGCCAGGUCCCUGAUAGGCAGUGCUGCUCCGUGAGCAAAAGGACCAACCCCUUCUGCCAGCCAGAGCUCAGCAUUACACGGACAUCUGCCCUUCCAGACAGAGACCUUUCACAGACCGACUCCUUGGUGUACAGCAGCUUUCUCCAGACCUCCGAAACCUCAGCAGAGGCUUCAGACAGCAAAGAAGGCAAAGCAAGGGAAUUGAUUGUCCCUAGUGUCAGUAAGCGACACAACCCUUUCUUGCUGAGUGAGGGUGAAGACCUCAGCAUCUUUGGGGAUGACUUGGGUCAAAAAUCUUUCCACCUUCACAACUCACUCGUGGCUGGCAAACCCCCCUUUCAUCUGCAUGAGCUGGCCUUGCCCCCUUUCCACCUCCACGACUCCAACCACAUUGUGAAAUCCUGGAACAUGGCCAGCCGAUCUGGUGUGGUAGAUGGACAAGAGGACAAAAUCAGCAGUGAUGAUGUUCAGAAGAGGAACAAUGCGAAUAGGUGCCACCAGGCCUCAGAACGCAUGGAGCUGGAUGAAUGCAGUUGCCAUCAUGGGAGCUCCUCCAGCUUCUCCUUCGAUGGUGGUGACCAGGAGUGGAACCAGAACACAGGUGAAUCAUUGAGGAAUCAAGAUGCCCUGCACAGCCGAACAUGCAGCUGUUCCAGCUCGGAGCUCCAGCACUGUCGCUGCUACAGUUCAUCAAGUCAGUCUGAAGUAAUUGACCAACAGAUGGGCUACAUCAGUGACUCCUCCUGCAACAGCUCUGAUGGGGUGCUGGUGAACUUCAGUGCUCUCUACAACAAAAUGAAUAGUCAUUCUCGAUCUAACCUGAAUUCAGCCAACCUGUCCUGUGACUCUUCCUUCUGCAGCCACUCAGACACAGGAGCUUUUUACCUGGAUUUGCAUUCAUCACCCACAGAAUCCAAGAUGUCUUGUGAGUCGCAUCACCCAGAGAGUUCAGGGAAGGUUUGUGGGUGUCAGCACUCCUCCUCACCUGUCCUUGAUGCCAACUGCAACUCUUACCACCUCCACUGUGAGCCUUGCACUUCAGAGAGCUCAGACCUCACUGCCUGCUUCCAGAGCCAAGCACGGCUUGUUGUGGCUACUCAGAAUUAUUAUAAGUUAGUCACAUGUGACUUGUCUUCCCAGUCAUCCCCCAGCCCGGCAGGAUCUUCCAUAACUAGCUGCUCGGAAGACCAUACCAAAGGUAGCCCAGCCCAGCCCACUGAAUACUAUCUGUUUAGAAGGCCUGACCUGAGACAAGAAGAAAGCAAUGCGGAGUGCAGUGAAGAGGAGGCAAAGGGGGAAUCCACCCAGAACAUGAUUGAGGGUCAGGUCUAUGUGAAUGUGUCACCACCUAACCUCAACACAAGCCGGCAGCGCUCCAGAAGCUAUGAUCAGAACCUGGACAGGAGCCCCAGUAGCAGGCUGGGCUCCUUGGAGCGCAUGGUGAGCUGUCCAGUCAAGCUGAGCGAAAGUCCAGCAAUACCCAUCCAGAGUUCUCCCCCAAAGCGAGUGACAUCUUUUGCUGAACUGGCUAAAGGCCGUAAAAAGAAUGGCACCUCCCCACCACUCCGGUCCAGUGGCGAUUCCUCCUUGGAGUUCUCCCCUAUCCCUGAGACACAGCGGGAUUGCCCAGCCUUCCUUGAAGAAAGAGCUCGCCGCAGCCAGAGUCUUCCACCCAUGCCCUUUGUCCAUGGCCUGAACCGGAGCUGUGAGGGCUUCUGUUUGAAUCAUACUUUUGGGGACAGCCAGGCUUUGUGUUCUGCCAAAGACUCGGUCUCCAGCGAGAAGGUCCCCAGUGGGCAUGGGGCAGGUGAGCAAGCCUCUCUCUCCCUGCUGACGGAGGCAGAUGCCAGCUUCUCAGGUGGCUCUGCCAGUGGCCACGGACAAAGAGAUGUUAGAGCCCGAGCAGACGGUGGUGGCACAGACAGCAAGCCUGUGGUACGCUACAGCAAGGACCAGCGUCCCACGACUCUGCCCAUCCAGCCCUUUGUUUUCCAGCACCAUUUCAGCAAGCCACCCAAGGCCCGUGCCCUGCACAGCCAUUUUGCCUCCAGCCUUUCCCAACUCUACAGCUUGUCCAGCAACCGGCCUGCCAGCCAGCAGAUCUCCUCCAACUCCCAAUCUUCUGCCUCGGCCACCUUGGCAGAGCAGGCGGCAGUGGCGGGGGGUCAAGCCCACAGCACGCUCCUGACCCAGCGCUCAGUGGACGGAGCUGCCUCCCGCAAUGAUGGCUGCAUUAAGAAGCCUGCCCCUGAGACAACCCGGCCAUCCCCCCUGGGGAGCUACUCUCCAGUGCGAUGCAACGUGCCUUUCUUUCAAAGCAUGGACUCCUCUUCCUCACCUACUGCGGAGAGACCUGGAGAGAGCCAGCCCCCCAGGAGCAGGUCCUGCCCCAUCUCUGCCAACCUGCUUCCCACGAGGUCUUCCCCUGCUGUCAGUGCCAUGCAGCCCUCCCAAGCCACCAAACCUGAUGCCCUGAGGCAAAAGGAGAACCCCAAGCCCGUUCCCAAGAAGGAGGCACCACUGGAGCCAAGCCCACAGCUCUCCGAGUACCGACUCCACAGUGGGUCCCUCCCGCCCCUCUCGGUGGGUGGUGUGCCUGUGAGCAGAGUAGGAGGUCACACAGAUCCCCACUGGAGAAGUGGCAGUGAGACCAGCAGCUCUGGUCCCCUGAGCAGCAUGGGGAUACGGUCCCUCAAUGCAAACCACCUCUCUCCCCAAGCGCUGAAGUGGCGGGAGUACAGGCGGAGGAACCCCCUGGGUCUGGACCGCAUUUCGGGGCUGCCUGGCUUAGCAGGCAGCCUAGACAGGAAGCAGCAAGAGCCUCGGCUGAACCGAGGGAACCACAUCUUUGAGCUCCCUGGCACUCUCAACACCAGCCAUUUCAACUGCAAGCUGAACGGACACUCUAUGAGGCAACUCCAACUUACCUACACUGACUUCUUCCCUGACUACUUCUCACUAGCAGAGAAACCCCCUGCUGAGUUCUGCCUCUCCCCAGAUGGCAGCACAGAGUCCAUCUCCAUUGACUUGCUGCAGAAGAAAGGUCUGGUGAAGGCAAUCAACACUGCUGUUGACCUGAUUGUGGCUCACUUUGGAACCAGCAGGGAUCCAGGGGUGAAGGCCAAACUUGGGAACAGCUCUGUGAGCCCCAAUGUGGGACAUCUCAUCCUGAAAUACCUGUGCCCUGCUGUCCGGGACAUUCUGAGUGAUGGGCUCAAGGCUUACGUCCUGGAUAUGAUCAUUGGCCAAAGGAGGAACAUCCCCUGGAGCGUGGUGGAGGCAUCCACUCAGCUAGGACCCUCUACCAAGUUACUGCACAGCCUCUAUAGCAAGAUCAGCCAGUACACAGAGCUCACCAACCACACCAUGAGGUUCAACGCAUUCAUCUUUGGCCUUCUCAAUAUCCGGUCCUUGGAGUUCUGGUUCAACCACCUCUACAACCAUGAAGAUAUCAUCCUGGCACACUACCAGCCAGUGGGCUUCUUGUGCCUGUCUCACAGUGUGUGCCAGCCUCUUUUCGAGGAGCUCCUGCUCCUGCUGCAGCCUCUCUCGCUCCUGCCCUUCAACCUAGACCUCCUUUUCGAGCACCACCUGAUGCAGAUGGGCAAAGAGCAGCAGCAGCAAAAGGAGCUGCUGCGUGUGAAGCAGGACCUGCUGCUUUCCGCACACUCCACCCUGCAGCUGAUGCGGACACGGGGCAGCAGUGAGGAUCCCGACGGCUGCAGCACCGCCCCUGAAGCAUGCAAAGUGGGUGCCAGAGAUGAUGACAUCUCACCAGGCCACAGCCCCCAGCAAGCUGCAAGUGAGAGGGUCAAGGGGGUGGGGGCCUCCUGCGGAGAUGGCGAAGAGCGGAGGAAGAUACGAGAGAGCACAUGGGAGGGGAAGAAGGACAAGCAGGCGGGAUGGUGGUACCAGCUCAUGCAGAGCUCUCAGAUUUACAUUGAGGGCUCUGCUGAAGGCUCAAAGUUCAUCCGCUAUGAGAAAAAGAAGGCUUUGAAUGCUGUGUCCAGGUCGGUGGAGACACGCAAGCCACCACCCCCCCGCGAAGGGGUGGUGGAGGGUGCAGAGGCUUGCCCCAUUGCUGAGGGCACCUUGGAGGAGAGGCCCAAGGAUGCCAGCAAGCCAAGUCCUGUAGCUGUGGAAGAGCCCUUGGAAAAGCCCCAGCAGGUACUGGUCAGCGAAGAGGUGAAGGAACGGAGCUGGCCCUUCUGGAUGGGCAGCCCCCCAGACUCGGUGCUUACAGAGCUGAAGCGCAGCAAGGAGAAGGAGAUGGGGACUCAGCAAAAAGUGGGAGCAGCAGCAGCAGCCCCCCAAGAGGAUAGCAGCACCAGUGCAUCAGAGGGCAGCCAGCCCAUCAAGUGGGGAUACUUAUUUGGGUCCAGGAAGGUGCAAAAAGAGCCCAGGCAGCCUAACAGGUUGCCCUCCGGCUGGCUGAGCUUGGACAAGUCUGUGUUCCAGCUGGUGGCCCAGACGGUCGGGGCAAGCAUGUGGCGAGAAGCAGCCCCGGAGCCAGACCCCCCCCAGCCAGAGCCACCUGAAGUGACCCCCGCAGUGCAGCCAGCCCGGGGGCUGUCUCCCCACCCUCCCUGUGAGGUGAAAGCUCUUUGCCAUCACAUUGCCACCGAGGCAGGACAGCUGAGUUUCAACAAGGGGGAUAUCCUGCAGGUCAUCACCAAGGUGGAUGGUGACUGGCUGCAGUGCAGCCUUGGCUCCGAUAAGGGACUGGUGCCCAUCAUGUACGUCACCCACCCGGAGGAUGAGGACUAUUGACAUGGCUGGGAGGCCAAGCACAGUACCGUGGGCUGCUGAGGCUGCUCUGGGGAAGCCCACCCUGCCAGAAGAACAGACACAGCUUCUUGCUAGUUUCUUACCUUUCUUGCCAUUACAGAAUACAGUAACCGUAGGUGGUUCCUUCUUGCUCCUCCUUGUGCAGCUGCCAAAGGCCAGCUCGGCCCCCGGCGUUUUCUGCGAGCUGCACCUCGUAUUGCCAGGCAUCGCCGUGCAUGCAGCCACACUGGGGACCGCCUGAGCCCCCUCCACCCCACACCAUCUCCAGCACCCUUAGACCAUGGACUCGUACACAGCAGGAACCGAAGCAGACCCUGGCAGGGCAGCACUG